CAUCCACGAGAAGCCACGUGGACACAGCCCUACACACCUCCCCUCUCUUUCUCUCUGUGGAAAACUCGGUAAAGUUGUUUUACAGAGAAAGUUUCUCUCUCAUCUGGAGAAGUUUUGAUGCGAUAAUCGCUGUGAAAUUCGGCGAUGGUUGGAUCAAUUCACGAGUGCUUAGUCGAAUUGUGUUUUGUUGCGAAGAUCUGUUGCCGUUUCUUUAGCUAUGUUUGAUUGGAACGACGAGGAGCUAGAAAAUAUAAUAUGGGGUGAGACUGGUGAGAGUGAUGAUCAUAUUGUGCCUUAUCCCAAGGGCAAUGAAGAGAAACCUCCAGGUUUAUGUGGAGAUCGAAUUAAGGCGGAAGUGAAUCAGGAAGCUGCUAGCAUUAUACCAACUGAGCAGAAGAAACGUAUUGCUAAAACUGAAUUGCAUGGGGUUAAACUGGAGAGCAAUUCCCAGUGUGACACAAAUGAAGGAAUUCCACCAGAUGGAUAUGGCAUUGACUCAUGGCCUGCUUUAUCUUUAUCAAAUGCUGCCAAAAGUGAUAAGGAUUCCAUGGGUGCUGAAGUAUCUAACAAUUUAACUGAAAUUGCCAAAUAUGAUUCCUCAAGAGACCGGGCAGCUCUAGCAGAUAGUGGUUCUGAGGUAUUCCAAAAUCAGCAUGAAGAUAGAGAGCAAGGUGAUUUUGUUGACUAUGGCUGGGCUAAUAUUGGAAGCUUUGAUGAUCUUGAUAGAAUUUUCAGCAACGAUGACUCAAUGUUUGGACAUGUAAGCCUUGCUAAUGCAGAUGAGCUAUGGUCGUCUUCCAAUGAUGUAACUAGUACCCAAGAGAAGUCUUUUCCCUUGUCUAUGGACUCUCCAAAUUUGGGGUCAGGAGCAUUGAACAGAACAACCGAGAAUUUUGAAAUUAAAACAGAACAUAUGCUGUAUCCAGACCAGUCAUUUACCCCAGCUUAUGAGAAAAUAAAUCACCCCACUUCUCAUCCUCAACAGAAUGGACAGGCAAACAUGAGUCACAUAGAAUAUACUGGAAGUGAAAGCAAGACCUUGAAGAAGGAGAAGACAGAUUUGGAUAUGGUUGGGGAUACCUCAGAAUUUGUCAACUCUCAUCUCGAUGCUGUUGGAACUUCAAAUGAUUUUGUGGACAAGUUGUUUUCAUAUGUGCAGGUGAACAGACAAAAGAAAUUGCUGAAAGGCCGGAAAAAAUCAGUUGAAAAAAGUGGAAGGAGACAAUUAGAGGAUGUGUGUACUACCUGCUCUCCAUCUGGAAACCAAUUCCAACAAUUUGAUGGACAAUUUCAGUCGCCAAUGGACCAAAUUUGUCCAUCUCCAGUGCUCCACCAGCAAAGGCAGCUUCAAGGACCUGAGUCUCUGCAGUACCAUCAUUUCUCCAACACACUUUUAGCCCCUUCUAUGUACAGGAAUAUGACAAAUCAGUAUCCUGCCAUGCCAUUACUACCACAUAUUCAUUCUGAGGAAGAUGAUCGUCAAGUGGUGCUUCCAGGAUGUAAAAUUUCACCUGGUAAAGAAAAUAUUUUAAAGAAAUCACCAGACGCUGCUGUGAAGCCUCUGAUGAUGACACCUCAGGAAAAAAUUGAAAAAUUAAGGCGACGACAGCAAAUGCGAGCAAUGCUUGCAAUUCAGAAACAACAGCAGCAAUUAACUCAUAAAGUUUCUUGUAUUAAUAAUGCUGUCACCCAAAAAAGUUUGAUAGAAAACCAAACGCAGCUUAUUGAAGGAGGGACCAUUGAAGUUGAAGAAAAUCUAGCCACUCUUCCUCCUCUUGACCAGAACUCGCUUGUAGAACAGGAUGAUUUCAAUACAAACUCCAUGGCAAUUGAUGAUUGUUCAGUGGAAGACACAAUACUUUAUCAACUGCAGGAUGUCAUUGCAAAGUUGGACAUCAGAAUAAGACUUUGCAUACGGGAUAGCUUGUUUAGAUUGGCUCAAAGUGCAAUGCAAAGGCAUUAUGCUACUGAUACAGGCAGCACCAACAAAAGUAGCAGAGAUGAAGCUCUAACAAAAGAAGAAAUAACUAGUCAUAACAGAAUGCCUGAUGUGGAAACAGAGACCAAUCCCAUAGACCGAACCAUAGCUCGUUUGCUCUUUCAUAGACCUCUGGACCUGUCAAGAAAACAUCCUGAGACACCAGAGUCACCUGUAUCUACCAAGCCCCAAUGCGAAAGGAAACCAAUCAGUUUAACGAGCAUGCCAAUGGGGUUCUUCCCUGAGGGUUCUAGAAAUAAGCAAAAUUUAUCUCACCAGGGAUCUAUUCCUUGCUCAUUUGCUGAAGAGGAUAAGUCUAAAAACAGUCCCUGCAUAGACAGUUCCGAGAAUGCAUCCAACAGUUGCCCAGCUGAUGGUGGGGCUAUGGAGGUUGAUGCAUCUCAUUGAAUAAAGCUGUGUUGUUUCAAAAACUACAAAAAGGGCCUUUCGAUCCCUGUCAAUCAGUGGUCGUGGAAGCUCAAAAUCGGUACCAUUGGGGCAUCUUUAUCUCUUUAUAUGCAAAAUAUUGCAUGCAUGCACAGUUGAAACAUUGCAGUUAAAUGUAUUUAUGCAUUUUGAUCUCUAGUUAACUUUCUACAUCCUUAAUGAACUCUCUCUCUGUGACGACUUCUGUAUGUGUUUUCACGCGUGGUUGCUUUGUUGAAGGUCUGUAAGCUUGAAGGUAUUUAACUUCCAACUUAAAUAAGUUAAGACCUUACAUAUGUAAUAAUUAUGCAAGCUCCUAUAUUUAUAGCUGUUUUGUUUGUUUUUCAA